AUGUUUAAUGUUCCGAAACUUAAUGUAACCAAGAAGAGUGACUUGAGCGAUUUUUACUUUGGGCUCGGUGAGAAUGUAGCUUUUGGUGCUCAGUCAGAAGAUGCCACAAAAUGGAAGGAACAAAAGCCACCCGGAGGCACUUCAGCGGUACCUGAACAUGGCCCUACUGAGAAGAAUGCACAGACAGAUUAUACUCAGGAUACAGAGAAAGAUGAUACUCAAGCCAAGACUUCUAGUCAUACACAGAAGAACUCUGAGCAAGCUGCAGAGUUAACAACAUCAGAUGUUACUGUAAAAGAUUACGAUGAUGGUGAUAAAUUGGCAGCUGUGGAUCGAUCAACUGAACGUUACAAGAGAGGUGAUGACGCAUUGGCUUCAGCAAGAGAGCGUUUUCUAACUCGAAAGAGAGCAAGACAGCAGUUGUAA